UAAGACCACAAAUCCGCCGGCGCAUCGCAACCCCACCCCCACAACCCGCUCCGGCCGCCACCGCCCGAUCGAUCGCCCGGAGAUCGCCGGACCCCGCCGCGAAUCUAACCCCUGCUGCGUUCGUAGCCUUCGACGACGAUGUCGGGAGCCGGAGAGGAGGACAAGAAGCCGGCGGAGGGCGGCGCCCACAUCAAUCUCAAGGUCAAGGGACAGGAUGGCAAUGAGGUGUUCUUCCGUAUCAAGAGGUCCACCCAGCUGAAGAAGCUGAUGAACGCCUAUUGUGACCGCCAGUCUGUGGACAUGAAUGCCAUUGCAUUCCUUUUUGAUGGCCGCAGGCUUCGCGGUGAGCAGACCCCAGAUGAGCUGGAGAUGGAGGACGGCGAUGAGAUUGACGCCAUGCUUCACCAGACCGGAGGCUACAUGCCUAGUGUUUAGAAAGCCCUUGUCGCAGCCUUGUUUUGCUGCGCUGUGCGCUCUGCCUUCAGUAGUAAACUAAAGAAGUCAUGAAGGAACUUGUGAGGCUCUGGCCCUCUGUGUGCCAUUGCUGAAGGACAUCGGUAGUCUUGUGUUUAGUAAGAUUUGGUACUUUGGCGUGUCAUGACUCGUUUAUCUAUCCCCUAAUAUAUCCUCCCCUGUGUGUACUCCCAAUGAUCGCCCAUGGUUUGUUUAUCCUGCUUGAAGUGAGCAUUGCUUUGCUGACCUGGAGCUGGGGGUCAUGGUUAGUUUUGUGUUGCUGAGGUGCCGGAAAACGUGCGCUGCACGUGUCACCACUAUCAUUUCGAUGUAAUAAGCCUGUGAUAGCCUGUGAUCACCAUGAGCAGGCCAUGGGGAUAUCAUGGCUUUUAUAUCUUUAUAUAUAUAUUGUUUGCAUCUC